UGCGAGGGCGAAACGAUGCCCACACGAUUCCCCCAAAUUCGUCAUUUCCAGGAUAAGGUUAUUCAUCCAUAAAAACCCAUUCUUGCAGCUGCAGUGACGAAGCGAGAGCUACCAUCAUCAAUUGAAUCCAUCAUCUGCCAUUUCUGUUUGUUACAGCUCUUGAUUUUGAUUCUGUAAAUCCCGAAUUUUAGUUUUUGCCCUUUGUAUCCGUGAAGAUCAAUCUGCGAGGAAAAAGUAUUGGGGAUUUUGAUUAAAUGCUAUGACUAUAACUCUGCAGACUUCUCUCGUCUACAGGCCUUCAAUUCCGAGAUUAAAUCAUCGCCUCUGCAAUGUUUGCGCUCCGUUUUCUGUGUCCAGAAGGAUAAGCGGGCGGGUGCAUUAUUUGGUUUCGAUCAGGUCCAGAUUUUUGAGGCACCGUCUUCCCUGUACAUUGAAUUCGGAGGAUGUCGUGAGUUCUAGUGAUUCUAUUAAUGGCGAAGCUUCUGAUCAGAGUCCUGAAGAGCUCGAGAUUAGCGACUGGUCUGCGUCGCCGGAAACCGACGCCGGAGGGGAGGAGGAGGAGGUCGAGGGUAAGAAUGAGGCGGACGUGAAGGAAACGUUUCCGAUAGUGGCGUUUCUUGUAGGAAUUUUUGCGAGAUUGAGGUCUGCGCCUGAGAAAUUGCUGUUUCCCGAUUGGUUGAGCUGGUGGCCGUUUUGGAGGCAGGAGAAGCGUCUGGAGCGGUUGAUUGCGGAUGCUGAUGCGAACCCUAAGGAUGCUGCUAAGCAGAGCGCCGUUUUGGCUGAGCUCAAUAAGAGCAGUCCCGAGGCUGUUAUUCAGCGGUUCGAGCAACGAGAGCAUGAGGUGGACAGUCGUGGAGUAGUGGAAUACAUUCGAGCAUUAGUUGCUACGAAUGCAAUUUCCGAACAUUUGCCUGAUGAACAAGCUGGAAAGCCGUCGACUCUUCCUUCAUUGUUGCAAGAAUUAAAGCAUCGAGCGUCCGGGAAUAUGGAUGAAGCUUUUGUGAAUCCUGGCAUAUCUGACAAGCAGCCGUUGCAUGUUGUGAUGGUGGACCCAAAAUUGUCGAACAGAUCAUCGCGCUUUGCACAGGAAAUCAUAUCGACUAUCUUGUUCACAGUUGCAGUUGGUUUGGUUUGGAUAAUGGGUGCCGCUGCUCUUCAAAAAUACAUCGGUAGCUUAGGUGGGAUAGGAACACCUGGAGUUGGUUCCAGCUCUUCAUAUGCACCAAAAGAUAUAAACAAAGAAAUAAUGCCCGAUAAGAACGUUAAGACAUUUAAAGAUGUCAAAGGUUGUGAUGAUGCUAAACAAGAGCUUGAGGAAGUCGUUGAGUAUCUAAAAAAUCCCACCAAGUUCACGCGUUUAGGAGGAAAGUUACCUAAGGGAAUUCUCCUGACCGGAUCCCCCGGAACUGGAAAAACUCUACUUGCCAAGGCCAUAGCUGGAGAGGCAGGGGUUCCUUUCUUUUAUCGGGCCGGCUCUGAAUUUGAAGAAAUGUUUGUAGGGGUUGGUGCUCGGCGUGUGAGAUCUUUGUUUCAAGCAGCUAAGAAAAAGGCACCAUGCAUUAUAUUCAUCGAUGAGAUUGAUGCGGUUGGGUCGACUCGGAAGCAAUGGGAAGGUCAUACAAAGAAAACAUUACAUCAAUUGCUUGUAGAAAUGGAUGGAUUUGAACAGAACGAGGGAAUAAUCGUAAUGGCGGCAACCAAUCUGCCUGAUAUUCUUGAUCCAGCUUUGACGAGACCUGGUAGAUUUGACAGGCAUAUUUCCGUUCUCAAUCCUGAUGUCCGGGGUCGUCAAGAGAUAUUAGAGCUAUAUUUGCAAGAUAAACCUCUGGCAAGCGAUGUGGAUGUGAAAUCAAUUGCUCGUGGUACUCCUGGAUUCAACGGGGCAGACCUUGCAAAUUUGGUAAAUAUAGCAGCCAUUAAGGCUGCAGUCGAGGGCGCCGAGAAGUUGACUGCAGCGCAGUUGGAGUUUGCCAAAGACAGGAUAAUUAUGGGAACAGAAAGGAAGACACUGUUUCUUUCGGAAGAGUCGAAGAAGAUCACUGCAUAUCACGAAAGUGGCCAUGCUAUUGUUGCCCUGAACACUGAAGGCGCACAUCCGAUCCACAAGGCGACGAUUAUGCCGCGUGGAUCUGCUUUGGGAAUGGUUACACAGCUUCCAUCCGACGACGAGACUUCAAUAAGCAAAAAGCAAUUAUUGGCGCGCCUUGAUGUUUGUAUGGGAGGACGAGUAGCUGAAGAGCUCGUCUUCGGUCAGGACCACAUUACUACCGGAGCAACUAGUGAUCUAAGUACGGCCACGGAGCUGGCUAAAUAUAUGAUUACGUUGCUUCAUUGCAAGGUAUCGUCAUGCGGAAUGAGCGAAGAAAUUGGGCCAGUUAAUCUUAGAGGAAGACUUGGUUCAGAAAUGCAGUCCCGAGUAGAUGCCGAGUUUUCAUUUUUUCGAGUUCAGGUUAACAAGCUAGUGAGAGAUGCUUAUAAACGCGUAAAAGCCCUGCUUAAAAAGCACGAGAAGCCGUUGCACGCGCUAGCGAAUGCACUUUUGGAGUACGAAACGCUGAACGCAGAUGACAUAAAGCGCGUGCUGCGUCCUUACGAGAUCGAACCAUACUUAAGUGAUCAAGAAGAUCAGAUAGAAGAACUUGCUGCUUUUGCUUAAGACAACAUCAAAUUAUCACAGGAGGAGCUUUGUGCACAAAAGAUUAUUUCCCAAUCAGUAAGCAUUCUCACUAUACACAAUAUAUAUAUAUAUAUAUAUAUAUUGGUUGCUAUAUCGAUUUUUAGUUAUCAAUUUUGGCAUAAAAUUCAAAAAGGAACUGUCACAAAAGGAAGUGAUAGGAAGCAAUCUAAUUUAUCAUCAGAAUUUUAUAUUUUUAUUUUUGUAUGAACAUCAUACAUUUUAAAUUCAGAGCUAGAACUUUGUCUCUA